GGAGUAAAUCCUAUUUGAAAUCAUUUUGCAAAAAAUGUUUGGCUACUCCUAAAUAACAAGAUCACUUUUGUGUGUCUGGCAUAUCAUUCUCCUUUAGCACGUAAACUAAAUUUUAAUAUAGGAUAAGGGACAAUUUGUAAUAAUAUAGGCAUAUGUAAAAAUCAAUACGCUGGUCUGACCUCAUAAUGGCAAUAAGGGAAAUGAAUACAUUAAUCUGACCCGUACACACCGGAUGUUGAUGUUAUGUCAAUUUUGACAGGUUGGCUCCAAAUUUUAAAUUAAAUGAGUCACAUACUUCUAGCACUUUACCAGUCAGUUUUGUAUAAAUAGGGUGCCCUAUAUGGAAUAUCUUAUCAAUUCCGAUAAAAGAGAAAAGGCCAAGGUUUUCAAAAAGCGUUGCCACUGGUAGAAACUCGCAGAUAUAUGUAUCAUAUGAAGUGGAUUUGAUUCUUACAAAUAUGAAGGCAUUUAGAAGUCCAAUAGCCAGCAUUACUGACAACCUUUUCCUGUGUGGAGUUGGCUGUUUAAAUACAGAAAAUUUACAAAAUAGAGGUAUAACACAUGUUUUGAACACUGCAGAAGAACUAGAAGACUUCAGAUAUCCUGAGUUAGAUUUACAAGUCAGACAUAUUUUAAUGAGAGACUCACCAGAGCAAGACUUACUGAAGUUUCUAGAUGAUUGUGUUGAUCAUAUACAAGACAUUUGCCAAAAUGACGGUCGUAUCUUAGUCCACUGUGUUGCUGGUGUAAGUCGCUCAGCAAGUGUAUGCAUAGCCUAUUUAGUAAAAUACAAGCGUAUGUCGCUGCGGAAGGCAUAUUAUCAUGUGUUUAAUAAACGACCAUGUAUUUUCCCAAACUUUGGAUUUUGGAGGCAAUUGGUAGAAUAUGAAAGAUGCAUAAGAGGUGAGACAAGUGUAGAGUUACUGCCCUUUGUUAUGGGACUGGUACCGGAUAUUAUGAAAAAUGAUGCAGAAUAUAGGAUCAAAUUAGCCUGGAUGCCAGAGCUAUUAUUAAUGUUCAGUAUUCAUUUAUUGAUCUUGAUUGCACAGAUUGUGUCCUUGUAUUUCUUUAGUUGAUGAAAUUGAGUGAUGUAAAUGGAAAUUUCGCAAUAUAAUUUAGUCAAAACUGAAAAAGAAGAAAAAUAUGUUUUUUUUUUGUUUUUUUUCUAUAAUAUACAUCUUUUCAAUAGAAUGUUAUACAUCUUUAUUUCUUCAUUUUUUAUAUUCACGUAAAAUGAAGUGACAGAAUUGAUGAACUAUUGCAUUAAACUUAUUUAAAAUAUUGUUAGAUGUGAAAAAUGUAUUUAAUAGUGGGAAGUACACAAAUUAUGCAUUUUAGACUAAUAUAUUUAUCUUUUUGCAUUGAUUGAUUAUUUUGUUGUUAGAGUAAACUUGUACAGAUUUAUAACUGGUAAUCAAAAUCCAUUUUCAGUCCUAUUCAUCAUAUGUAUCAGGGAUGGCAAAAAUCAAUUGUCUGUAUUGCCGAGGUUGUUCCUCAGCCUGUACAGACAAAUGUAAUUUUUCAGACUUCACUUUGAAAAUAUAAUGCAGACAAGUAAAGAAAUGCUUCAGAUAAAAUGGGCUAGUAAAUCGAAAUUAGUUUUUGCCAUUCCUGUAAGUAAAGUUAAUUUGAUCCUAUUAAGUAUUAAAUUAAGAAUAGUGGCAUUAACCUCAGUCUCUAUCCUGCUCAACCUUUACCUUGUUGAUUUUGUGUAAUGGACUCUCCCUGCUUUGAAUUUGGAACUGUCCAUUGUAUGUUUAGGGAUAUCAACAUCAAAAUGAUAAAAUUGAAUAACCAAUCUAGUUUUGUUCACUACACAUUCAAUGUUAUAGAGGUUUCAGUAUAUAAAUACAAAAAAGGCCGCCAACAGUAUGGAGCUUGGUCUGGCUGAGACUGCACAAAUGUGCCGGCUGACUUAAUGGUUCUAAAAUGGUGGAAAGCAAAGAUAAUUUUUUAACAGACUACUAUAUAUUACGUCCAUUACACUAGUUGGUAAAUGUUGAUAAAGCACUUAAAGGGACAGGAUGUACAGGGAAUGUUUUAGUAUUAUUGUCAUGAUAUUAUAAAAUCAUAUUAAAAAAAAAAAGAAAAAAAAAGAUAUUUAUUUUGUAAAAUGCCUUGUUUGUAUUUGUUCUAAUGUUGCAUUGUCUAUGUUAUAACUGUGAUAAUCACUUAUUGUUUUAUAGAAAUAUACAAUUGUUUAUAAUUUACAUUAAUUUUGUCAACUGCUUUAUAUAGAUUUAUUUAUUUUUUUUAGAAGGAAGUAAGCUUGCACAUGUAUACAAAUUUAUGGGACUAUCUAUUUUUAUAUUUUGUUCACAACUAUAGUAUUGUACGUAUAGAAUGUUUAAUUCAUUUGUUAUGAUUGACACUUUUUCUAAAAGGUAGAAUAUUUUGCUGGAGCAAAUAAAUUAAAACAGUUUAGCCAUUGUGUAAGAACUCCCAUGACUUGAAUUAUUUUAUUUUCUGGCAAUUUGUUGGAAAAAUACAAACACAUGCAAAGAUUGUCUGUAUUAAUAAUUAAUGAUAAGUCUGUAUUAAUAUUAUACAAUAGGUAUAAACUUUGAAAAAUGUAUUUGAAUUAAUAAUUAUUUGAUUUUGGUUAUGAAAAGUAUCUGGAAAGUAAUUAUUUUUUAAUUAAUUGAUGUUACAAAGAUUCUCGUGUUUCUGGCCCUCAGUGAUGUGGGUCCAUCCACCCCCUCACCUCUUUGAGAAUAAUGAAAUAUUUGCUGUCAAACUCAUUUUAAUUAAAAAAAAUAAGUACACAGCAAAAUUAAUGUAAGCUGGGAAAUUUAUUUGUCUAACUAGACUUAUUUAAAGCAGGGACAAUUUUCUGGUAGUGAUGGAAAAGAAGGGAGACAAUACAGCAUUGGCUUUUCAUUUUGCAAAAUUAUUAAUGUCCCUUUAGGGAUUGUAUUUUAAAAUUAAAUUGGUAAGGUUUGAUACUUUUUAUGUAUUGUACUGAAAUUUUAUAAAUAGUUCUUAGUUAACACAAUAAUUUAAUUUUUAGCUCCACUUUGCAUGUAUACGGAGAGCAGUUCUAUCACCCCUGACAAGUCCAGAUUUCUGAAUAAAGUUUUUGCACAGUAAAAUUUUUUAAAUAUAACUUGUUAUUCUUUAUUCUUGAGAGAUAAUCUUAUAAAUGAUCACAACAUAUUUGGUAAGAUUCAUAACUCUAGCACCAAUAUUUUCAGAAUAUCUUCCCUUUAAAUUUUUUCUCUUUAUUUCUUCAGGUUCGAGUAUGUGUUUCUUAUAAAACCCAGACAGGUUUAGGUCAAAGUUCAUAAUUCUAGCACCAUAGUUCAAGAAUAACAUAGAGUUUAACUCACAAAUUGUUGUGUUGUACUCUAACUUCUUUGUUACUAAAUGGAUUUAGCUUAAACUUUAGAUAUAUUUUCCUUAUCAUCUUCAACAUCCUGUAUGAAAUUAAAGAUUCAUAACUCUAGCAUGUAUACUUCAAAAAUUAUCUCCACAUUGAACUUAGAAAGUAUAUAUUUUCUUAUCUGUAUUACUAAAGGUAUCUACUCCAGAUUUUAGAUAGUGUUAUCUCCUCUUUAAACUUAAAGCUGCAUGCCUCCAGAUGACCCAAAUUAUUUCAAGAAAAUUAAACUUGGAAAAACCAUACUAAAACUUUGAGAAAAGUAAACAAAUUAAAGAUUCAAGUGAUAAUUUAUAUCUUAUGUGCAAUUAAUGACUGUAUUUUGUAGUAUUUAUCACCAUAUGUCUAAUGCGUUGCUAACGCAGUAGGGGCUAUUUAUGCAUAUUUAGACCUCUUUUUUGGUAAUUUACGUGGAUUUUAAGUGUCGAUUGUAAUGUGUCAUGUACUUUCCUUUUCAUUACACAAUAAUUUACCUUUAAAUACAUUUUCAAAAUUUUCAUGAAAAUUAGGAUGAAUCUUAGAAUGUUAAUUUAUUAUUUUUUACUCUGAUCAUCUUUAUUACCUAAGAUAUUUACUUCAGGCUUUUGGUUGUUGUCAUUUUCAUUACAGAACGGAAAUUUCUUUUAAAAUUUUCCAUUUUAUUUUCAAUAGCUUUUUGAAUAAAUAUAAUUGAAUAGAAAUUAAGUUUACUUUUUCAUAGUUUUGUCUUUCUAAAUUGUGUCCAGUAUUAAAUUAGUGAAGUCUGCUGUCUUCAGCGACAGUUUUUGUUCAAAAUUAUGAAAUUGUUUGGAAAAAUGAAGAUUCGGAAAUAAAAGGAUAUUGAAUAUAAUAGAAAAACAAGAACAUUUUUAUGCCACCACAGCAUCUGCAAUAAGUGGCAUAUAGCAAUUCACCUUUGAAAUAGAAAGAGUUGUAUAAUGCGGUGGCAUUUCAUAGCAUCUUAUCACAAAUGCAAUCUUGUUUUCAUUAUGUAUGCAUGUAAAAAUGAA